CUUGUUUCAGUUGACAUUUGGAAGUGGUUGAGAAUAAAAGUACAAUAUGAAGUUGUUGAUUUUGGUUUUAAUUUUUUCACUUGGAUGUUUGGCGUAUCCAAAUAUGAAUCCUUUUGUCGAGCCACAGAAAGAAGAAAGAUUCUCAGAUUUUGACAUGCAUCCACAUAUUCAUAGGCAGCAUGCAACAAAGACUGGAGGUUUUGCUUUUAAAGAGGAGGAAUUGACGAGUGAAUAUUGGAUGAAUAAUGCCAAAGCUUUGGUUGAGGAAAAAGUUAAACGCACACUAAAUACAAAUAAAGCUAGGAAUGUCAUCAUGUUCCUUGGGGAUGGAAUGAGUCACUACUCGUUGGCUGCGGCAAGAUUAUUGAUCGGUGGGGAAGAUGCUAAACUUUCAUUCGAGUCCUUCCCAUAUACAGCAAGUUCUAUGACCUAUUGUGUGGAUGUUCAAGUUGCAGAUUCAGCAUGUACAGCAACAGCAUACCUUAGUGGUGUAAAGACAAAUGAUGGCGAGAUCGGUGUUAAUGCAAAUGCUACUUAUGAAAGUUGUUUGGAUGGUCAAGACGAGUCUAACCAUGUUGAUUCUAUUGCUGCUUGGUUCCAGAGGGCAGGAAGAAGUUCAGGAAUUGUCACAACAACAAGAAUUACACAUGCUACUCCAGCUGGUGCAUACGCUCAUACAACAAACCGUGAUUGGGAAGAUGAUGCUGAAGUCGCAGAAAGUGGCUGCGACCCUCAAAUUGUUGAUGACAUUGCAGAACAACUCGUGUACGGAAAAACUGGUAAAAACUUUAAAGUAAUUUUGGGAGGUGGCUCUAGACACUUUAUUGGAAAAUCCUUAACUGAACAUGGUACAAAUGGAAAUAGAAUUGAUGAAAAGAAUUUAAUUUAUGCAUGGGAACGAAUGGAUCCAAACAGAACAUUUGUCAGAAAUCGAGCAGAAUUGAUGGGUUUAAAUCCAACAGAAAUUAAGCAGCUUUUCGGACUUUUCAGUGAUUCUCAUUUGAGUUAUUGGAUUGAUGUUGAACGUGACAAUAAGCAGGAUACAAUGCCUUCAUUAACUGACAUGACAAAGAAGGCUAUUGAAAUUCUUGAACUUGAAAAGGAAGGCUACUUCCUGCUUGUUGAAGGAGGUAGAAUCGAUCAUGGACAUCAUCGAACACAAGCUAAACAUGCAGUCACAGAAGCUGUUGAGUUUUCAAAAGCAAUUGAAGCAGCUCUAGCUUUAGUUAACCUUAAUGAAACACUCAUUGUGGUUACAGCUGAUCACGGUCAUGUAAUGACAAUGUCUGGUUAUGCUGAUCGUGGACAUGAUAUUUUUGGUAUUGCUGGAGAUGGAACAGACAAUAAACCUUAUAUGACACUUUCAUAUGCCAAUGGAGAGAGUUUUCCACAACAUUCACUCGCAGGAGAAAGAGUCGAUCCAGAAUCUUUGAAUGAAUACAUUAAUAAUAUAAAUGAAAUGAAAUUCCCAGCGACAGUUGCACGCGAGGAUGAGACUCAUGGUGGAGAAGAUGUCGGGGUCUGGGCAAUCGGUCCAUGGUCACACCUAUUUCAAGGCACACUCGAACAAAAUGUGAUACCCCAUAUCAUGGCAUAUGCUAGUGGUGUAGGUGAUGGAUUAAGAGCGUGCGAUAAUUAAUAAAUUAUUUUGUCAAAAUGAGAUUUAAGUUAUUGAAAAUAAUAAAAUAUUGAGUAUGUACUUAAAAAUAA